GAAGCAAUCUCUAGCAUGUGUCUUGGCACUAAAUCGGGUGGCAGGCGAGGAGUAUCCCGCGUUUCUCUCAAACACCCGUCUCCACAUCACCUCGUCAUCGCCUCGAUUUACCUCAGGACACGUUCGCAGUCCGUUGUGUUGACAAGCCUUACUGGCAACGAUUUCCUUACAAUGUGUUGCCAACCUCGAGCAGCUCAAGGACCAAGAAUAUCCGCCACUCGAAGAGCUUCCUGCUGACCCUGCAGGAUGCAAGCAAGAGCUUCUGCUGCAGGCACAACAGCGAGCUCCCUUGUUCUCGAUGCGACGCAACCUACUAUUUUUGUUACCGCCUCGGCUGGCGUGACUGAUACUUCCGGACCAAUGAGAAGCGGGCAUUCGCCGUCCAUACCGCAGAGCCUCUGCCUAUACAACACAUACGGCCACGGCUUGACUGUGGAGUGGUUCACAGACGUGUGGAUCGCAACGUGUACACAAUAUUACAACACAACGCCCGGAGUCGCCACUUGACAUUCAUAGUCAUGAUUUCUGGGAACGCCUGCAACGCGAAAGGACGUUGCGCUCGGAGUUGGC